GUUACUAAUUUCUGUUGCUGUGUGUGUGUGUGUGUGUGUGUGUGUGUGUGGGGGGGGCAUUUAUUUCAGUUUCAAGCAUUUUGGAAGUCAUUUUCCAAACUACAAUUGGUUUCUUGAUAAACGCUUGAAGUUGCUGCAUGAUUUUAGAGUGAGUUUGCAGUGUGCUUUGGCAUGUGUGCCAGCACUAGGGUGGGCGUGGUGUACACUCAUUGUGCGGAGCAAGCUUCGCGUGUAAAUACUCCACAUCUGGCCAGAGGGAAUAGAGGUGGAGAAUCAAUUGCAGCAUUUAUUCCCAGGGUUGGCUAAUCGCAGGCAAGCCAUUUAUUGUCGGAACUUGACAAACCCUCAAAACUUUCUAUCUGUCCUUAUUUUUUUAAAAGACGGCGCGUUUUGCCACAGUAACUUGGGAGAACACUAACGUGGACCGUGACAGUGACACUGGGCACAUUGGGGUAAAAAACCCCAUCGCACAACGGCGAAAUCCCAUAAAUCGCCAGGGAUCUUGAAUCGCUUUUAUUUUUCUACCGGCAGAACUUGCAUCGUCUUUUAUUUUCUUCUUGACUGGUCUUUCCUUUUUUAAACCCCGAAGAAGCAUUUCUCUUUGGUGCAGCAAAAAGGAUGGGCAAGAAUCACCAGUCACUCAAUGUUGGAGAAUGUCAAAAGCAAAUGGUACCCACAUCAGAAUCCACAGCCUGUUUGAGGACGCUGCCCACGCUGACCAGCUUACUGUUGUCAGUCGCUUCUGUGGGGUGUUGUCUGUUAUUAAAUGUUAGGACGGCAGUGUUGCAAGAUAAAGUCAGGCUGUUGGAAAAUCAAAAAGGAAGCAUUUCAUUGCAAGCAGCGCGGGACGAUGCAGAUUUAUUCGUGCUACAGAAAAGAAUCGACCAACUUCAGGAGGAGUUAACCAACACAGUCGGAAAAAUCCGGACAAUUAGGGAGGUUACGUCUGAUUGUCUUUGCCCGCCAGGUCCCCAGGGGAAGCGAGGCAAAACAGGAAGAAGAGGAGCCACUGGCUAUAAGGGAGAACCAGGAAGAGAUGGCUAUCCGGGCCCUCUUGGAUUGGAUGGAAAGCCAGGCCUUCCUGGACCAGAAGGGGAAAAGGGUGAUCAAGGUUCCUCUGGACUCGCAGGUCCUCCAGGUCCAAUAGGUCCUCCAGGAAUCUCAGGAAAUGAGGGGCCACAUGGAUUUCCAGGAACUCCAGGCGAACCUGGGGAGAAAGGAGAAAGUGGACUUCCAGGAUUAAAUGGUGAAAAAGGUGACCAAGGAACAACAGAGCUAGUAGACUAUGAUGGAAAGAUUCAAGAAGCACUCCAGGGCAUAGUGGGUCCUAAAGGCGACAUGGGAAUCCCAGGACUUCCAGGGCAGAAAGGUGACAAAGGAGAAACUGGUUUCUUUGGUCCACCUGGUGAACCAGGAUUGAAUGGCAGCAAAGGAGAAAAAGGUGAUGCUAGUGAAAAAGGUGAUACAGGAUUCCCUGGUAUGAAGGGAAAUCCUGGUUCCACAGGUCUUAUAGGUCUUCCUGGUCAAAAGGGAGAAAAGGGUAAACUCGGUGAACCAGGAUUAGAUGGCUUCCCAGGACUCAGAGGGCAAAAGGGGAACAGAGGUGAAAAAGGAGACAAGGGCGAAAGAAGUUACCCAGGCAAAAGAGGACCAAGGGGGCAGAAGGGAGAUCAAGGUCCUCCUGGAUUAGAUCAGCCUUGUCCAGUGGGUCAUGAUGGUCUGCCGAUUCCGGGAUGUUGGCAGAAGUGAUUGCUAAUCAGCAAGCAACAUGUGUGUACACACUAUUUGUGAUUCACCAUAAUAUAAAGAAACUCAACUGAGAACAUGUUAAGCCUGGUAUAAUGGACAAGGACUGAGCUUGAUGGAACAGAAUAUUAUUACAUUUUAUUUUUUAUCAAUUUUUACCAAAAGUGGAAGAAAACAACAUAAAUUAGCUCUGAUAUAAAAUAAAUAUAUCCCAAAAUCUCAAUUGGGGAUGUCAAAGCACUAGUGUGUGACAGGUAACUUCAAUAGAAUACUGGGUUGGUAACUAUUGAAGAUAACGUCUAAAUUCCGCAUUGUGAUAGUCUCUAAUAAUGAAAAUAAGUAUUGAUACUUUUAGUGACAUCAUUUUGCAUUUAGCUGACCUGAAAACUUUCAGGCUGCAAGGCCAAAAGUAAUAUAUUCAAUUUUCUCUCACUUGUACCAACUUGGGCAAUCCAGGAAUGCCUGGAGACUUCUAUUGAAAAGUACAAAAUCUUGUUCUACUUGAUCAACUUGAUCAAGCCACAUCUAAUCAAAAUU